AUGGCGGACUGUAGGAAGUGGCUUCUGCUCGCUGUGGGCCUCACGGCCAUGGUUUCCUCGUUGGGGGCGUACGUCUUCUACGCCGGCGGCCGCGACGGCUGGGUCGUCGACCCCGCCGAGAGCUACAACCACUGGGCCGAGCGCAACCGGUUUCAGAUCAACGACACCAUCGUGUUUGCGCGCGGCGAGGGCGAGGGCGCGGACUCGGUGCUGCUGGUGACCGAGCCGGACUUCCACGCGUGCAACACGCGCAGCCCUGUCCGCCGGCUAGAGGACGCCGGUGGCCGCCCGGAGUUCCGGUUCGACCGGUCGGGUGCCUUCUUCUUCAUCAGCGGCGAUGAGGACUGGUGCCAGAAGGGCAAGAAGCUGUACGUCGUCGUGAUGGCGCCUCGGCCCCAGGAGUGGGAGCUCGCACCGGCGCCCGGAUCGCCUCCGCUCUGGGCCUCGGCGCCAGAGCACGCGGAAGCCCCGGACAUGAGCCCUGGUGAGGAGGGGAUGUCGCGCAGCUCGCAGAAGGCGCCACCGCCGACGGCGAGCGCGGCACGGUUGGACUUGGACGUGAUAGUCGUCGGCGUUGUCGUGGGGUUUUUAGGUGCUCUCGUGCUCUGAGAUGGCAUACGAAUCGGACCGGGACGUUGUGU